UCACUGUUGCAUGGCUUGAUUGUCCGUCCGUCCGCAGAUGAACCGCGCACACAACAACACACCGACACACACACACACAUGCAGAAGCCGACUCUACAGACAGAGAGACAUGAUACGUUCAGACACGCAACAACCUGUGUGGACACUUCAAUGCACUGCCUGAUAGUGUAUCUUCGGUCCUGUCUUGGCCACCAUUGUGUGUUCCCAUCGGGUCACCAGAGCGCGUUUGAGGCUGGCCGCAGCUCCCACUUGCAGGGCUGCGGCCGUCUCAAUCACCCAAGGGCAACCAGAUGCAAACACACAAAGGUCCGCAACAUCCCCGGCAAGGUCAACCAGAAAAUCAGACGACUUCCAGCAAAUAGGUGUGUGCAGACGUGCUAGUGUGUGGGGUAAGUGAGUGUGGGUAGACAGAUGGAAGACACACGAGCUCUCCAUACCAUACCAUACAGGAACAACCAUACCUACAGCCAGACAGCCACCCAGCCCACUGCGAACACUGCCAUGCAUCCAGGCACAGCCAUUCCGACAACACACACACACACACACACUCAGACACACCACUCUCCGCUAUGCUACACACACGUACCCACCCAUUUUGUCUGUCUGUCGAUAGAAAAUCAGAGUGAGUGAAGCAUUGAGCGAAAAAUCGGCGUUGGUUGGGCCAGGCGACUGUGUGGGGUGGGUGGGGUUGCCCUCUUUCUGGUCUAGACGACUUCGGACAGCAGCAUGGCGCUCUCCUCAGGCGGCCUGGCGCGGUACUCGAGUAUGGCCCUGUCGCCGUCGAUGGACACCUCGAGGUAGGCCUCGGGCCGCGCCGCCUCGAUCUUGGCCAUCUCCUUGUUAUACUCAUCCACACCAACCUUGACACCCCACAAGAUGCCUGACCAGCAACAAACACACACACAUCCAUCCUGCUUUGUUUGUGUCGCCCGCCCUCGCCGCCUCACCUCCCAAGAGGACCACGACGACGACAACGGGGUUGAGGAGGGCACCGACGACCUCCACGCCCGCUAUCUCAGCACCGACAGAGCACAUGGCGCGAACAAACACGCCACCCGCAGCGGCGUAGACGAGCCUCUUGGCCCCUUGCCCCGCUGCCCGACCAAUCUGCCGCAGACGGUCGAUGGUCGACAUGGCCAUCACCACCUGGCGAUGACAAAACAUCAAAACAGCACACACAGCUGCAGUGGGUGCCCCAUCCUUACGCACUGUGUGGCUGUCCGUCGUUGGGUCACUCACCUGUAUGCCUAUUUCGCUGAGUCGUGCGUUGACCUCUUGGAGCGCAUCGCCUGGCACCGAGUAGGAGUGGCAGGCCAUGGUGUCCAGCUCCUUGUGGUCCCUCACCGCAUCCAGGAACGACUCGAAAUCCUUGCGGAUCGUCCGCUUCCUGCCCUUGAUGUAGAAGCUCUCGCCCAUCUCGGCCGCCGACGCCCGGCUGCCCGCCCCCACCUCCUCCGACUGGAUGGUCUGCAGCGACACCACCGACUCGUUGUCAUUGUCGCCAAGGCCCUCGUCGCGACGCGGCACCAGCUGGAAGGACUGCUCGUCCGCGAAGCUGCCGUACAGGCUGCCCACGGCUGGCCCGGCCGCCGACUGGCCGACCUUGGCGAACUGCUCCGAAGGCGAGACGAGGUCGCGGACGAAGGAGCCGGGGAUGGCCGGGUGGUAGACCUCCACACGGGGCAUGAAGUUGUUUGGUUUGUUGAAGAACGACGACACGGCCGCAUCGUCUGCGAUGGUGAGCUUCUCCUCGCCAGAAAAGCCGACAAAGGUGACCUCGCGACCAAUGUCAGUCGAUGCCGAGGCGGGUGCGCUGGGCAGGCUGCCUCUGACGAUUUGGCGCAGGUGGUCGAGGGUGGCAGGGAUGACCGUCUGCAGCAAUGCACACACACACGCGCGCGCGACCAGGGAGUCAGGCGACACAGGGUGCAGUUGCAGUUGUGCGUGACAGUGAGGGUGCGAGUCGAGCCGAUUUCCUACCUGUCGGACGAUAUGUGAGCCUGCCCCUGACCCGAUGACCAGCUUCCAGCAUCCCGUCACACCCGAUGACGCCAUCAUGCACCGGAUGUAUACGCAGACAGGAAGGAAGGCUGGCUUGCACGCCUCUCUCAAGGCAGCACAGCCUCUCGAUAACGGUAGUGCUUUGGACCUACUUCACU